AUGGGCCACAUGGCCGCCGACUUCUAUAUCAUGCCAAGCUACGGGAACCAGGUCAGGGAGAGAGGCGAGGGGCGCAUGCUGGGGCCGCCGGGCAUCCACGCGGGGAUGCCGCUCCUGGAGUGCACCCUGGAGAUAGUGUCGGAUUGGCAGAAGGAAGAUCCUACAACAGUGGCAGCGUCGGUGGAUCGGGCGAUGGACGCGCUGGGCGACGUCCUGAUGAUGGUGGACAGCAACGGCGAGCACAGCCAGGCCAUGGUCACAGAGACCAUCAACAUGUGCAAGGUCAGCGAGAGCUACGAGGCCCGCAACAGCAAGAACAGGAACCCGAACGUGGACGAGCAGCAGUCCUGGGGGGAGGGCUCCAGCAAGAUCCAGAUCGAAAUCAACGGGGCCCCCAACUUCAGGGCAGCGCUACCGAGGGGCGCGACAGAAGAGACCACGGCGAAACUGGACCAGUUCUCGGGCCGCGACCUGAGGAGUGGGGAUGCCGAUAGUCUUCGUGGGAGGCAAGAACUCUCAGUCGGUGGCGCCCAAGAGCAGACCUCCGGCGACUCCGUCGCCUUCGUGACGGACGGGCCCUGGGACCUCGAGGUCAUGCUGCCCGCCCAGUGGCGCCUGGCGCACGAGGAUGCGGAGGUGCCAGCCGUGUUCCAGCAGUACGUGGACCUGCGCACCGUCUUCCGAAGGACGCACCCCUCGCGCCGCACGCCCCGCGCCGGCAAGCUCCACAAGAUGUGCCGAGCGCUGGCCAUCGACCCCGUGGGCCCCGCGCACUCCGGGCUGGCGGACGCUCGCAACGCGGCCCGCGUCGCCUUGGCGCUCAUGGCGGACGGGGGCGUCUUCGCGGCGACGCCGUGCAGCGGGGAGGCCGAGGCCGCCGAGGAGGAGCCUCCCGCGCAGGAGUUGGCGGCCGAGGCCCUGGCGCUGCUGCUGGGGUCGCUGCGGGGGCCCGAGGUGGCGAGCGUCUGCAAGGACCUCAGGCUCUCGAACGUGGAGCAGAAGUUUGUCGCCAGCCACGUGGAGUGCCUCGGACAUGUACCAGACGGCAACAACCCCGGGGAGGUGCGGCGAUACGUGACCGCGGUCGGGAAGAGCUUCGCCGCCGCCCACUGGCGGCUGGAACGCGCAUGGGCACAGGCCGAGCGCGAUGACGAGAAGCGCGCGGCGGCCCUGCGCCGACUGGAUGCGGCCACGGCGACCGCGGCGGCGCUGGACCCUGAGAGCAUCGCCCCAAGUCGUCUCAUAUUUGGCGGCUGGCUGAUGGAGAAGACAGGGGUGAAGCCCGGCCUGCAGCUCGGCAGGCUGAAGGACUGGCUGUACUAUCUGCAGGUUGACCAGGACAUCCGAAGUGUACAAGAGCUGGAGGCCGCGCUCGAGGGCCUCGACUGGCAGAAC